AUGGCUAACAGCAAUGGCCCAGCACCCCCACCUCUACCUAAUAGACAAGGCCCUGGACCUGGGCCAUUUGGGUUGGGGCCCCCAGGACCAGCACCUCCUCCCCAUAUGCGUCCUCCCGGUGGACCCUCCGGACCACCUCCUGGCUUUCAGCCUCCUCCCGGUGUUCCACAAAAUUCCCAGGCCCAAACUCGACGACAGGUUGAUUCAACCCACUUCUCAGAUAUCACACCAAGAACGGCAUUAGAUGACGACGAAUGCAGAGAGAGACUGACCACGUACGAGGCACAUACGAUCCAACGGCGUGUUCCGCGUGAUUCGAGGGAGAAAGCUACUUGGGCGAAGGCUGUAAUCACAAAGGAGUCAUGGACUCAAGAAGAUUUGUCGAAACAAAUCAAGAAGUUGAACGAGGGCCGAUCCACUGUGGCGACAAAAAAGCAAAAUCUCAAGCCUUUCCAGCAAGGCCAGGUCACUCGGGUCUUGGAUGUCCUAAAGACGGCAGAGAUGGACCCCAACUUUGAAUUUUCGCUUGUGCAGCUGGACUCCAAAUUCAUGCCCGCCAGGAAGAGCUCGAAGGAACGGGUAACCGCAUCCAUUACGGUGUAUGUGAAGCGGGCCCCGCGCGAGGAUCUAAACCCGAUGACCCUAUACCACACAAUGGAGAAUAAGAAAGCCGAGAAGAUGGCGCAAAUGAACAGACCGGCACCACCCCAACCCCAACCCCAACCACAGCCACAGCAACAAGGAGGGGGAGGGGGACCGCCACGGCUCAUGAAUAUGCCGCCGCCGCCGCCGUUGCCGCCUCUGCAAAAGCCCAAUCCUAAUAUCCCCAAAGUGACACCACGCAGAGACAAAAAGUACCACGAUGAUGACGAUUCAAGUACCUCAUCGGGAUCCACGAGCAACACCGAGAGCGAAUCGGACUAUAGCAGCUCCGAAAACACCACGAUCAGCUCCAGGUCGGGGAGGCAUUCAAGGAAAUAUACCCGCAAGGGACGAGCCCACAACCGUGGUAAACGUCGAGAGCAUCGCAGAGAGUAUUAUGGAGAUGAUCGAGUCGUUCACUCACCAGAACCUCGCCUGUACGAUCCUUACACGCCUCGUUCUGUCCCUGAUAUCCCACUUGCUGCUCCUGCGUUUGAUUCAGCACUGGCCGCGGCUUAUAACAACCAAGGAAGACUUGAUGCAGAGGCCGAGAUUUUUGGCCUCACUGAUCGGUAUACAACUUCACGCCCUAUCGAAGGGAGAACUUUUAUCACCUAUGGGCCUGACCGUGUAGUGCCCCGAUACGAGCAUCCGCCUCACUCGUUCUACCCCGAAGAAAGAUACAUGCGAAACUUGAGAGCACGAGACGAGGUGCCUUCCGGAUGGGAACGCGAUAAUCCAAGAUGGGAUGAAAUGAGACGACAUGGGCAAGAAGCUGAUAUAUACUCAGACCGUAGAUCGAGUGAAGCUUCCAGGUUCAUCUAUCCCAACCCCAAUCCUUUCGCUCCCCACCCCCUUCCGCGUCGAUAUCCUCCUUCAGGUCACACCAGGGGCUUCUGA